UGGCUCCUCCCCACUCAAAAACAGAUAAACUGCAUUGAAUUCUGUAUCUUGGUAAGUCAUUCCUGUUGCAGAGGUCUGCCUGGACAGCAUGAAAAGCGGCAGUGUUCACGUAGGCGAUGAAGAAUUGGCCUUCAGGGACACACAGGCCCCCUACGUAAACCUACCUGUUCCCUUCACUGGGAGGAUCGAAGGGGGUCUCCAGGAUGGACACAAGGUCACCGUCCUAGGGCAUGUUCCUUCCAAAGGCGAAAAAAGGUUUUCAGUGAACUUUCAGAGGGGCUACAACGACCGUGAAAUUGCCUUCCACUUCAACCCUCGGUUUGAAGAGGGUGGGUAUGUGGUCUGUAACACGAAGCAGCUAGGAAACUGGGGGCCGGAGGAGAGGAAGAUGCAGAUGCCCUUCCAGAAGGGGAGUCCAUUUGAGAUCUGCUUUGAGGUAGACAGCUCUGUGUUCAAGGUGUCGGUGAACAACAGCAUCUUCCUGGAUUAUGUUCACCGUGUGCCCUUCGACCAAGUCAACGCCAUCUCCAUCAAGGGCGGUGUGUAUGUGUCCCGCAUCAGCUUCCAGAUAUAGAAAUCCCUACCACGUGGAAGAUGUUCACUGCAUGGUGCUCACACGGUC